ACGUUUUUCGAAGGUUACUCAAGUCACUUCCUAGAUGGUCAGCUGUCGUUAAGCUUAUAAGCCAGUCAGAUCUGAAACUUCAUAGAGGAUAGUUUAAAAUGAUGGGACUGAUCUUCUACUUGAGCGUUACUGGAACGUUUCUAGUUUUUACCAACUUUUGUAUAGAAGAUGGCACAAGUUCUCCUUCCUCGAAUGAUGAGAGAAAAGAGAUUGAAGGCAAAACAUCGCUGUCCGAACUUGCUCCGCCUGCCAUUAUCUUUCGAGAAAAUGAAGACCCGCCUCUUGCGCCACCUGUCGACAGUUUUGGAGUUCCCGAAUGUGCAUUAAACAACACUAGCACCUUUUGUGAAGAAAUACCCGAUUAUCCCAACGCAGAAAUACUGAAAGCAAUGAGUAAGUUAUCGAAAGAUGCCUUAAAAGUGGUAUUUUCAACAGGAGUAGAAGGCAGGUCAGGCUACUCGAUUGGUGACUUGUCGGAGACUCCACUGUGCGAAUCUCAGACAAGAACAUUUAGGCCAAAAGCAGGACAGACGAAUGCGAAGGAAUGGGUGUAUGUUGUGAACAACGUUCAUUACGAGCAACUGGUGACUGCCGAGACAUGCCAAGAGGAUGGAGAACCGUGCAGGUUCAUCAACAACAACCUCCCAUUAGGAUACCGAAGUGUUUGUCGACAGCGCUAUGCUUUCAAAACCCUUUUAGCUAUAAAACCCAAAGAUAAGGAGCCUUAUAAAGAAGACUUUCGUUUCCCCUCUUGCUGCACUUGUUAUGUUACUGUACCACCAGAGUUUCGAAGAAAACUACCAACAACUCCACAGACUUCUGUAGAGCCCUCUAGCGAGAGUGUUUAAAACAAUUUCCAUGAACAACUUAUAGAAUUCUGCUGUAAUUAGUCUGUGAUAUGUUAUACUCUAUGCAACUGAUGUAUGACCAUAUAAGAAAUGUUUGUUUUCGAUAAAGAUAAGCUCUUAACUGAAGAUGUA